UCGUGGACCUCGAAGGACGAUAGAGGUCGAAGAGGGCACUUUCUCUCUCCUCUCCUCCUGCAGCCUCGCGGGAUCUCUCUUUCGGCACCGAGCCUUCUUCUCCUCUCGGUCUCCUUACUCUUUCCUCCUCUUCCUCGUCACCGUCUUCGCUCUUUUACUUCCCGCAAGAGAAGACCUCAGUGAACGAGGGCCCCCCCCCCCUGAGCGAAAUAGGAUAAUCAUCCGGCCCGAGCGAUUCCAGGAGGGAAUUCGUCGCCCGUGCGAAGAUAUCAUUUUGUGAAGUCACAGUCGGACAACGUCGUGAAGAGUAGAGUAUCGGAAGAGAUGCGUCGACAGCUCUCGCUCGUCCUCGGGAUCGUCCUGCUGGGCUGCCUUCAAGAUUACGUGUCCGGUGCGUGUCCCAGGAUAUGCCCGCCAAGCGGCGAGCCCGUGUGCGGCAGCGACGGUGUCAUAUACGCGUCGCAGUGCGAAAUGCGGAAGAAGAUGUGCGGCAAGGGCGUUACCGUGGCCACGGAGAAGACGGCUUGCCUGAGGUCAUCCGGUAGCAAGUGCGAGCACCGCUGCCCGGGCGAUCAGGAUCCGGUAUGCGGCACCGAUGGGCGUACCUACCUGAACAAGUGCAUGCUCAGGGUGGAGAUCUGCCGGGUCGGGAUCGAGCUGUCUCAUCUCGGGCCGUGCAACAAUAUUUCGGCCCACAGGGAGAACUGUCCGGUCUCGUGCGAUUACGCGCCGCUCGACGGACCGGUUUGCGGAAGCGACGGAAACGUCUACAAGUCCACGUGUCAGAUGAAGCUGCUCACUUGCGGCCAAGGCGUCGUGCGUACGAAUAAGAAGCACUGCCAGACCACAAGACAUUGUCGUGAAUCGUGCUGGCGUGGUGCCAAGCCUGCCUGCGGUAGCGACGGCAUUUUGUACUCGAACACCUGCAAAAUGCGAGCGAAGAAUUGCGGCAAGCACGUCUUCGAAGUGCCGAUGUCGUUCUGCGUAUCUCGGGAACGGACGUCCGGAAGCAACGCGUGUCCGUUGGACUGCAAAAACGAGCCGGAAGUAUCGGUGUGCGGAUCGGACGGGAAUGUAUACAGGAACGAGUGCGAGAUGCAAAUGCUAAAUUGCGGGCAUGCAAGAAGAAAGAUAACGGUAGUGGACUUUGAGAAGUGUCGAUCCCGGCUAACGAAAUGCUUGAAGCAGCAGCAGAGGUGCGGAAGCGAGGUGGAUCCGGUUUGCGGCAGUGACGCGAACACCUAUCCAAAUCAGUGCCAUUUGAACGUAGCGGUUUGCUUAAAGGGCAUCCAACCGGCUCAUGUCGGCGAGUGCACGACCUUGAAGGAGAUCGAACACUGCCCCGAAAGCUGCGCCGAAGUACCCGAGGAACCAGUUUGUGGAAGCGAUGGCAACGUUUAUCGGUCCCUCUGCCAUCUGCAACAUGAGACCUGCGGCCAGAGGGUGGUCCAAGUUCCGGCACAGCACUGCCGCACCACCGCGCUCUGCAACCAGAUUUGCAGCGGGGAACGUCAGUUUGUUUGCGGCUCCGAUAACAAGCUCUAUCGCAACGAGUGCGAGAUGAAGAGGGACAAUUGCGGGAAACACGUGUACGUGGUACCUAUGAAGAGGUGUGUCCAGGGUUUCCUGUUUCGCGGCUGCCAGAAGAUCUGUCCGCCUUAUUACGACCCGGUAUGCGGCACCGACGGCAUGACGUACAGCAACGAGUGCUUCCUGGAGAUUGAAAACUGCCGCAGCAGGAGUCUCGUCACGAAAAAGUAUCACGGGGUGUGCGGGCAGCCGACGGAGGAGCCGAAGAAUUAUCUCUAUUAAAAGCUCGACCGACCGCGAGCGCUUUCGGCACGGUGAUACGAGAGGAAAGAGAGAGACACGACAAAACGAAAAAAAAAAAAAAAACGAAGAGGGAAAUUCGAUCAAACGCGAGACUAUAACUUUUCUGGCUCGUAUCUCCCGGAGAUUUUGAGAAGCGACAAUUGUCCGUACAUCGAUUCGUCAU